AUGGAUACACCGACAGUCAUUUUUCACUCUGAUAUCUCGACAGAUCAAUCGAUUUCAUCGUUACUAUCAGGCAUCGUUCCUCCUCAAAGUCUGAAUUUAACUCUUACUGUAGAAGAGCUCAUUAGAUGCCCAAACAUACCGAGAAGCGUCCAGCGUCGUCAUACAGACAUUGCUCGCCCACCAAAUUGUUUCAUGUUAUACAGAAAAAACUUCCUUGCACAAAUACGAAAUAGUGGAUUGGAAGAACCGUUCAAUAUGAGUGCAUUAUCUAAAGAAGCUGGAGCUCGAUGGAGGGAAGAGCCUCCUGAAGUUGUGAACUUUUUCACUCAACUUGCAGAAGUUGUAAGAGAAAUUCAUUGUAAAGCCCAUCCCCACUAUAAAUAUACACCAAGAAGAGCGAUCAAGCGAAGGAGGAACAAGCAACUUGGGAAUAUAAAUAAAAAAAAGCCUGCGCCCUUGCAAAAACAAAAAUCGGGUGAAGGAAAAGAAGGUGUUCCAAUAUCCUUACUUCAAAUAGAAUUUUACGUCCAUAAAUCCGACUGUGGUAAAAGACAAGUCGAUAACGCAUCCAGUACUAGUAUUGAAGAACGAAUCGAAUGCGCAGAACCCAAUUCGAACGCGGAAGAGUUUAAUCACUUGCUAGACUAUAUGAAUUUAGACAAUGUCGACAUGUUUUAA